UACACUGUGUACGGAAGUGAUGUCUCUCUACCGCUGUCAUCUUUCCUGUCCGUAUGAACUCGUCCGUAGUUUACAGUAGUUUUGUCUUAAUGAUUAUUUUCUUAUGAAAAAAAAUCGGGUUUUGCUUCUCGAAUGUUCCAAUGAGAAAGUUAGCGCUUGUUGCGGCUCAGAGGACGAGUGUUUCCCAGCAUGAGUUCACAGGAGGUGCUGAGGAGCGCGUCCAUACUAGCGUCCUACAAUGUGGUGCUACAGGUCUCGUUCCGGAUUCUCACCUUUCUGCUGAAUGCCUUCACGCUGCGGUUCGUGUCUAAAGAGCUGAUUGGUGUCGUCAAUGUCAGGCUCACCCUCCUCUACUCCACAUUAGUGUUUUUGUCCAGAGAGGCUUUCCGCAAAGCAUGUCUGAGUGGAGAACAAACCUCUGGACCGAACCACAGCUGGAGACAAGUCAUCAACCUGCUGUGGCUGACGCUUCCUCUGGGGUUGGUAUGGGCCGUCCUGCUGGUCCCUGUGUGGCUGUGGCUCCUGGAGGUCCCAGAUCCUCAGACCGUCCCGUACUACGGCCCCGCUGUGGUGCUGUUCGGUUUGGCCGGAGUGCAGGAGCUGCUGGCCGAGCCUCUGUGGUUCCUGGCUCAGGCUCAUAUGUUUGUCCGUGUGAAGGUGGUCUCUGAAAGCGUAGCCAUGAUCGCUAAGUGCCUCAUAACCGUGGCACUGGUGGUGACAGCUCGGGACUGGGGACUUUAUAUUUUCGCAGCUGCUCAUGUGGCGUACACAGCUGUUCUGGUUCUGUGUUACGUGCUUUACUUUAUCCAUUUCCUGGGCUCAGAAGAAGCUCACAAGAAGAAUUUUCCUGUGAAAAGUGUUCGGGAUCUCCUGCCCUGUGGACUGAAUGGAAAGCCUCUGAUCGACUGGUCCCUCGCCGGUCUCACCUGGAGCUUCUUUAAGCAGUCCUUCCUGAAGCAGCUGCUGACAGAGGGCGAACGCUACGUCAUGACCUUCCUGAACGUCCUCAGCUUCGGAGACCAGGGUGUCUACGACAUCGUCAGUAAUCUGGGCUCCAUGGUGGCUCGCUUCAUCUUCUGGCCCAUUGAGGAAAGUUUCUACAUCUUCUUUGCCAAAGUACUGGAGAGAGGAUGCGACGUGGAGAAACAAAAACAGGAAGAGGUCUCCGUGGCUGCCGACGUCCUGGAGAGUCUGCUGAAGCUGGUCACGCUGAUCGGUCUCAUCAUCACAGUGUUCGGAUACACCUACGCUGACCUGGCUCUGGACAUUUAUGGUGGUUCCCUGCUGAGCAGUGGUGCAGGUCCAACGUUGCUGCGCUGCUACAGCUGCUACGUCCUCCUCAUGGCUGUCAACGGUGUGUCGGAGUGUUUUGUAUUUGCUGCCAUGAGCCAAAAAGAGGUCGACAAGUACAACCUGGUGAUGCUGGCUUUUUCCGUGUCCUUCCUCUUCCUGUCCUACGUCCUCACCCGGUGGGCUGGAGGUGUGGGCUUCAUUCUGGCAAACUGUCUGAACAUGGGCCUCCGCAUCCUCCACAGCCUGCUCUACAUACACAACUAUUUCAGGCACAGUCCGUGGAAACCUCUGCGGGGCCUGCUGCCCUCCCCCCUCCUGCUGCUGACUCUCUUUAUCAGCGCGGUCGUCCCAGGAGUUUCUCAGAGUGUUUUCUGCUGUGACCGAGGAUGGUUACUGAGGCUGCUCCACGUUGGCUGUGGAGCCGUGUGUCUUUUCUGCGUUCUGGCUGUUGUCGUUGUCACGGAGACUCGACUCGUUCAGUUCGUGGAGAGUCAACUUUUGCCUCAGUACAGAAAAAAACGCACUUAGAUUUGACCAAAAAUGGCAGAAAACUUGAAGCUACAAUGGGUGGAUGAAGUGGGGAGUAAUCAUGGUUACUGACUGUGUGAACGCUAGGAAGGAACAAGUGACCUCUGUGUGUGGGUCUGUGUGUGUGUGUGGGUGCGCGUGUGUGUGUAUUAGGGCUAUUUUUACUGUAACAUUCCUGGGUUUAUCGUGAUCAGUUUCAGGAUGUCAUUAUAAUGGGAAAAAAUCAUGCAUUUUAAAAAAAGAAAAAAAGCACUGAAAGUGUUUGAAGUUAUUUUAUACAAAUAAAACUGUAAUUUCUACAGUGUGUUGUUACAGUCUGAUUAAAAGACACUGAAUCAAAUCAAA